AUGACUGUUGGUGAAUCUCUAGACUUUUCGCAUCAUUUCUCGGAGGAGACCAAGGCUCGCAAGUCGUCGCCGCUAAAAACCUGUAUCCACCUGUUCCAGGACCCUAACAUCGUCUUUUUAGGAGGUGGUCUGCCCUUGAGCAAGUACUUUCCUUGGGACAACCUACAGAUUGAGUCGCCACUGCCUCCAUUCGUGAACGGGAUUGGUGAGUCUCCUUCCGGCGACGACAAGGAUACGUGCCACGUCGAAGUCAAGAAAAAUGAAAUCACGAAGGCUGGCGACACUAACGAUAUCCAACUUUCGCGUGCGCUGCAAUACGGCUUCAGCAUGGGCCAGCCCGAACUCUUGUCUUUUGUAAGAGACCACACCCAGCUCAUUCACAACAUGAAAUACUCCGACUGGGAUGUUUUGGCCACCACCGGUAACACCUGUUCAUGGGAGUCCACCCUCAGAAUCUUCUGCAACAGAGGAGACACCAUCUUGGCCGAACAAUACACUUUCUCCUCAUCUAUCUACGCGGCUGAAGCACAGGGCAUUAACGUGUUCCCAGUGCCUCUAGACGAGCAUGGGUUGAUUCCAGAAAGACUAGAGACUAUUUUGGACAACUGGAAUCCAGAAACCAAAAAACCUAAAAUAUUGUACACCAUUCCUACGGGUCAAAACCCAACUGGUUCUUCGAUGAGCGAUGAACGUAAGGUCGCAAUCUACCGCAUUGCCCAAAAGCACGACUUGCUCAUCCUAGAAGAUGAACCAUACUACUUUUUGCAAAUGGAUGCGUACCAAAAAGACGUCUCACAAAGAAAGGAGACUGAAUUCGCCUCUCACUCAGAUUUCAUCAGUUCUCUAGCUAAAUCCUUCAUCUCUAUGGACACUGAAGGCCGUGUCAUAAGGAUGGACUCUUUCUCCAAGGUCUUAGGACCAGGUACCAGAUUGGGUUGGAUUGUCGCAUCCAAGAAAAUCUUGCAGGCUUACAUUAAACUGCACGAAAUGACUAUACAAAAUCCCUCCGGAUUCAGUCAAGCUAUUGUGGCCGGUACGUUGAAUCGUUGGGGACAAGGUGGGUUCUUGGAUUGGUUGAUUGGCCUACGUCGUGAAUACAAUGAGAAGCGCGAUGUCGCCAUCGAUGCCUUGUACGAGUACCUGCCAGAAACUCCUGCCUUGCGCGUUAAUCCACCAACUGCAGGUAUGUUCUUCACUGUCAAUAUUGAUGCAUCUGCGCACCCCGAGUUCGCCACCAAAUAUCAAUCUAAGCCUGAGCUUGUGGAGCAAGCAAUUUACGACAAGGUAAUCAAGAGUGGUGUUUUAGUGGUUCCAGGUAUUUGGUUCAAAGCUUCCGGUGAUACUCAACCACCCCAACCUGCAGAAAGUAAGAAAGAAUUGGAUCCAAACGGUAUUUUCUUCAGAGGUACUUACGCAGCUGUUCCUCUGGACAAACUCAAGGAGGGCAUUCAAAGGUUUGGUAUUGCUCUAAAGGAGGAGUUUCAAUUCUAG